GAACGGAGGUAUCCGUGUCGAGGAUAUGACGGCAUGUGACAUCUGACAAUGCUCUGGGGAAACUGAUGGAAUCCUGGGGUUCCCCGCAGUUGGUAAGAAGCUAUCAGGGAUGGGCAGAAAUACGUUUGAAACGCAACUUUAAAAGAAACAAAAUCGAGAACAAUGAUCAAACUUCACUUAUAUUAAAUAAAAGUCCCCUAUCAAAAAUUCAAUGUGACAGAAAUGUUUCGGCCAUUUUAACCAAAAAGAAAAUUUUUCUUUUCCUAAAUUAUUCAAAAUGUAAAACAAAUAAAAUUAAAUAAAAUUAAUAUUGAACAAAAAAAGAACAAAAUUAUGAAUUUCUUCAAUCUAAAUUUAUGAAAAUUACAUCAUCAAUGGAAUUUCGAAAUAAAAAUGUUUUCUAAAUUUUAAAAAAAGAAUAAUCAUUAAAAAUAAUGGAGGAAAAUGAAAGUGAACCUACAGAUGAAGGAUUUGACACUCCCGAAGUGAAUGAAGGGGAAAGAAAUGAAGAAAUUGUUGAAGAUAAUUUUACAACACCGAAUGCUGAUGUGACAAAUGAUAAAGCAGAAAAGCCUAAUGAAGAAAAUGGCAAAUCGAAAAAUAGGAGUAAAACAAAGACAGGCGACAAAAUUGUUACGUGAUAAGAAAUGUCGUACGAGAAGGAAGCAAAGAAAGAAGAGACGUCAGGGAAAGUGUAAGGAGAAUGAAAAGAAAAUUGCCAAUGAUGUUAAUGUCAAUGAGCCGCGACUCGAUCCUGAGGCAGUUUGCUGUCAAUAUCAAAUGGCCGAGAAGUUCGUUAAAAGUAUCAUCAAUUGGCAAUGUCCAACGCCGAAGAAAGAUGAAUAUCAAGAUAUCAUGGACAUUAUUCUUCAACGAUUGAGUCGUAUUCUAGAGUACACACCGACAGAUGGAAAUGGUGAUCGUCGUUCGCAGCAAAUGCAUUUUCUCGCCGACAUGAUUUCCUGUUGGAUUUCGGGGGUAAUUAAAGAAGUUGCUGAAGCGAAUCGCGAAAGUGAGGAGGAGAGGGCGCGUAGGCAGCGAGAGGAGGAGGAAGAAGAAACUGAUGAGGAGGAUAUUCAAGGUUUUGGAGGUGGAGAUGAUGAUGAUGAUGAUGACGACGAUGAUGACGACGAAGAUGGUACAGAGGAUGAUGGUAAAGAUAAAGAUGAUGGUGAAGAUAAGAAUGAUGGUAAAGAUAAGGAUGACGAUGAAGAAAGAGAGAAAGAAGACGAUAUUGAUGGAGAGCAGAAAAGUGACAAGAACGAUCAGGAAAGAUCCGAUACCGAAAUUUGGGAAGACGCCCAAAUGGAACUGGAAGACAAAGCCAUUCAAGAGGAACCGGAAGUACAGGAAGCUGAGAGUCAAGCACAACCGGAUGUAGAGGAGAAAGAUACGGAAGUUGAUGGAGAAUUAGUGGAGGAAGGAGCCAAUGAAGAGGAUAGUGAACCUACACCAGACAGUGAAGAAAGACCAGACAGUGAAGAAAGACCUGACAGUGAAGAAAGACCUGACGAAGGAGAAGAAGCUGUCGAACAAACAGAAGUAGAUAAAGAAGCGGAAGCAGAAAAGGAAGCAGCAGAUAAAGAACUAGAGGCAGAUAAAAAUGCAGAAACAGAUAAAGAUGCAGAAGUAUCAGCAGACAAAAAAGAAAUCGACAACAAAACCGAGACCCUAAAACUCUUCCAAACCGAUCUUCCCUUCAUCAAUUUCAUGCAAAUAUUCCAAACCAUCUACAAAACAAUGGAAACCAAUGACGAAAAUACCGGCCACGAUCCAAUAAUAAACCGCCUACACCGUGCAAUUUAUGAAAAAUGUUCCCAAGCAGUAACACUCGAAGAUCCAAAUCUCCUCACAAAUAAUGCAAAAGACCUAAUCGACGUACUAUCGGGAAAAAUUGCCAUUUGGUUAAGUAAAAUUCUAACCGAAUCACAAGUUGCUCUACUCAAUGAAUAUCCACCGCAAGUUGAAUCGUUUGAAGUUCGCGAUUGGACAAAAUGGUUGAAUAAUACGACAAACACGGCGAAAAAUUGGAGUGUAUGGCUACAAUCGCUUAUUAAGGAAAUAAAAAAAAUGCAGGACGGUCAAGUGAGUCGUGGCCAGUGGUCGGAAUGGACAAAACAAGUCGAUACAAAUGCAAUACUUUGGCGACGAUUUUAUCUUGAUGCAUUACAUCACGCGCAUCAUAAUAUCAUGAUGAUGAAGGAUCGGGAAAUUUUAAAGACGGGCGAGAAAAAGUUUCCCCACAUAGAAAAGGAAAUAAGAGCAUUUGAUUUGUGAUAUCUUCCAUUUGUGAAUUCAUUUCCAUUGUCUUCCAUAUAUAUCAGUUUUCAUUUCAAAG